AUGAUAUUGAAUACUAUUGCUUUAACUCCACUAUUGGAGAGGUUCGAGGCGGAAUAUGGGACUUUGACUACGUUGGCAUUGUUUAUGGGCCCUCUGUCGACAAUUCCUGCAUUAAUAUAUACAUUCGUGGAAAGGGGGAUCCUCCACAUGAACACAGCAGUGAUGGGUGCUAGUAUUUGGGUAUUCACUCUACUUGCAAUGGAAGCGAUGAAGACAUAUAAAACAAAUCCCAAUUUCGUACUGGGCACAGUCCAAAUUCCAACGUGGACAACACCAAUCAUCCUUACGCUAUUCAUAUCCUUCUUGGUACCCCAUACUAGCUUCCUUGGUCACAUUUGCGGGCUUAUUUUUGGCUACGGAUGGGGCCUUGGCUACCUCAAAUUCUUAGCUCCACCAGAGAAGAUUCUUAGAUGGAUUGAGGGCAAAAUGAACCUUUUGGGCAGAUUACCACACUACGUUUCCGUUGACCAAAAAACCUACGGAAGAUACGGUUUACUACCUACCAGCAAUAAUCCUAUCAUCCCGUCGGACACAAACAUUGCGCUAGGAUUUCCUAGCGAGACAACACGAUUGGGACCUUAA